GACGCCCCAUACGAAUACUUUGAAAAAUUCUUUUUGAGGCCCGGAGUCUGAAAAUCGUUAGACAUUGAUCAGGAAAUGUUCGGGUAACCACGUUGGAAAUCAAGUGUCCUGAUAAAAUUUUUCUGAAGUUAAUAAUGGCAGGAAGCUAUUGCGGUUUGCUACAAGAUACCAAGCUAUGUUUUUGAGGGCGCAAUUUCAAUUCGGUGUUGGCCUAAGUGAGAAGCAGAUACACAGAGCUGAUCUUGUUUUGAUACACAAUCUUUGACUUCAAAUUCGUCGAUUACUCAAUCAAGAUGGAUAGUCUGAAAGCAUCAUGUUUUCUAAAAGGAGCUUUUUGAUUUUGCACGACGACGCACGGCGACCUUGGGAUGUUGAUGAUCCGAGAGUCGAAAUCCGACUGUUCGUUAUGUUUUGAUCGACCUGUUUAUAUUUGGCAGCUAACCCCAGAAGCAUUCGAAUUGCACGUUUUUGCUUGCUAUGCUUGGUUGUUUGGUGGUAGGAAAUACUGGUUGUAGCUUCAGAUAUUACGUAAACAUACAUAUUUGUAUAUUUAUGUUAAUACUGGCAGUCUCAAGUUGAUUUGGUGUGUCAACAUUAUGUCUGACACACGUUUAGUGAAUACGGCUUUACAAGAGUACUUCUUGUCACUGUCGGGGCAAAUUGCUGCAGCAAAUCGACUGAAGGAUGCAGUCACUGAAUUGUUAGAAGAAAGGGAUGAAGCAGCCAAAUCAGGGAAGGGGAAUUUGGACGAGUGGGAUGUUUUGGAUCAGAGUUACAUCUGCAUCAAGUUGCGGAACGCUUUUGCAGAAAUUGAUACGAAGCUUGAGGCAUUCAAAAAGAAUGUGUCAACGGCUUGCAAGCAAAAAGACAAGCAUGAAAAUUAUGUUAAAAAUCCCCAAAGCACAUCCGAAGAGGUCCUGGCCCUGAUUCUGUCAAUUAUCAGCGAGUUGCACCAGUACCACAAAACCGUUGCGGAAUGCAUUGCGCCUAUUGUGGAAUACUCGGCGUACAGAGAGCGGUAUCCUACUCAGUACGAGAUCAAAGAAUGCUCAAGUGUACCGGUCACAUGGAAGGCUGUAAACGAGGUAAAUCGUACAUUGAGAUAUGGAUAUGGUCUGUCUAAGGAAGAUCUUGCUGCAAUCUUAUCGUGGAUGCAUGGCGAAGAUCUCUCGGAAAGCGCAAGGAAGCAUCUAAACUUGAAAGUUGAUGGUUUAAUUUUGACAUAUCGAGAACGGCUGAGCAAUUUAGAUUCCUGCGAGUUUGAUGUACCCGUUGCUUUCCAGUUGUAUCCGUUAGUUCUACAGGAUGUUAUUAAAGAUUGUUGCAGCCCCGUUGAAAGCGUAGCUGCGACAGGCCAAGCGUUACCUGUAAACAAGGAAGAUUUAGAAACACUUAUUCGACGCGAGAUCCCGCGGGUACAAGUGCAGGUCGGUGACGCAUUGUACGAUGUGGCGAGUCCGGGAAAGGCGUUCGAGAACACAAAACAAAAAAUGGUUGCUGUCCGGCUUCUUGUAGCUAGGUCUGCAAAACUUACCAAAAUCGGAAUUACCAAGGAACAGCUGGAUCUGUUUUCGCUCAAAGUGCUGGCCACUGCUUGCAUUUCCGUCAGUAAUGCUUCGGCUAGGACAGCCGUGCUUAUUGCUUUUGGGAAAUCCAAUUUGAUUCAAGUGAAGCCAUCAAACUCAAAACCCAGCGAACCAGCUCAAAUUUCGAUCAAUAACGGAAGUAUCCAAAUCGAAGUGCCCUCGCAAUGGGCUUUAACAGAGGAUGCUACCCUUUUCCAAUCACUAUCGCGAGACUCAACAUGGAAUUCACCUGUUGCUACAGUUGAUGCGGUAUACAAAAGUGUCCUGAAUUUUAAAGCGGAGGUUCAACGGCAGGCCCAGUCCCUCCCAGUUGUUCGGAUUAUACGCUGUUCUGGCAUCGCUACUCAAAAGGGCCUAGACAAGAAGGACCCAACAACAAAAGGCCUACGAAAAAGGCUAAGCAGAGCAACAUCGAAAUUAUUCAAUCGAAAAUCUAUGAUUCAGAAGGAUGGCAGUCGUCAAAGCGAAGGACUGCUCGAUAGCCCGAGAACUAAGGUCGAAGGAAUAGACAACCCCGGGAUCAGUAUUUCUGACUCUUUGAAAGGAAAUGUUGAGAGCCUGGCUACAGAUGACGACCCACCUGUUCCGCCCCCAAGACCCCGCCGAAAGGCCAGGACGAAACGCAAAUCCGAAGCCACUCGGAAGCAACUUAAAUUGUUGGAAGAAGCAAAGCACGAUCCACAGUGGUUUACAUCUUGUAAGAAACUUGAUGAACCAGCGUUGCCAGAUGUCGAAGGGGGGAGCACUUCGCUUUCCAUUGCCUCAUUUGAAGAACUCAAGGAUGUUAUCGAUCUUCUAUCGGGAUCCAGUACCAGUAGCCUCGGUCUCAAUCAGCCAUUAGACAUAGAUAGGAACGUUCCUCCUAAGGCUGGCCCUAGAAAAGAGGAAGUGGUAAGGGCUGAGAUCGAAAGCAAAGGUAAAGUAUCUCCAUCUGACAGUGGCCUCGGUAGUAGCAUGAGCGUGCAAAGCCACCCGUCUGUAACCUCGAUAUCACAGUUACACGGUAAUGAGGCCUCUGUGCUUAAGACCCACGAAAUUUACGAUGCUGACGUUUCAGAGGAAACCAUUUCAAUGUUGGUUGCUAAUGACCUGAAUGAAGCUGUGGAGAGUUUGGAAAAUCAGCCCUUAACAGCCAAUACCUUCAUUGGCGUGAUCGAUGAUACUGGGCAGGAGGACGCUGAGGUUGAAAUGUACAACGAUGACUUAAGAGAUAGCAGCGAAUCGCUGGACGGGGAAGAAGAGCGAGAGAAUGACGAAACGCCAUCAAAUGGCAAGACUAUAGAUUUUGUUGAUAUUGAAACAGAGUUAUCUAAUGAGAUGAAAGGAGAUAUUAUUGUGGAAUCAGUAAGCGGUGACCAGGAGAAAAGCGAUCAGUGCUGUGAUGAAGAUCAAGCAGAAGUGCCAGAAAUUAGUGAUAUUGCCACUGUAGCUGAUGGCAGUAUUGCAGGGCAGGUGCUGAAUGCUGAAAUAUUGGUGGAGCAGGACCAGCAUUGUUAUGAUGCGGACGGUUCAGAUCAGUCAGAAGAAAACGUACCGGUAGAGAGAGAAGAAGCAUCGUCCAAAAGCAUUAUGCACGGAUCAAAUGAGAGUCUGUAUUACAGCGCCUGGGCACUAAAUGACGUCACGGUACCAAAAAACGAGCCGUCGAAGCUUGAGGGGCCUGUGACGGGGGAUAUGAUUCCGACCGAUUCUUAUUUCGCAUCCGGACUUGAUUCAAGUUUUUCAGAGAAGGCCGAUACGUCGGAAGAUUUCGAAGAUUGCAAAGAACCGGACGAAAUGCUCUACCAACAUUUCAACCCAAGGUUCUCGUGGCCUGUAGGGCUUGGGGACCGGCUUGCUGCUAUUUGGGAUAAAAAGGAAAUGCAAUCACCACAGACAUCAAAUACGACGACUUCGAAUGAGAUUUGGAGCCAAGAAGACACUUUCAAGAGAGACAGACGAGGUGAUACACAAAGCAAACCAAAUGAAGGGUUCAAAAUUGCAAGGGGGCAACAAGUCGCAUCCUCAGGAAAUGGGAUUUCUUCACCAGGCUGGAUAACUACUAUGCCCAAUCUGGAAGACACAUACAUGAGUGCUCCUGUCACCCAGAGCGAGAAUUGGGAUAGAUAUGGUCAAAUGACGUCACGACAAAAAGAGGAUAUGCACCAUCCGGAAUGGCACGCCAACGCCAGCCAAACAGUUUCACGAGAGAGAUCUCAGAACUUCCACACUAGUUUACAACAUCUGAGAAUUAGCGAGAAUUCACAACCUCAGUCAACAUUGGUCUCUCCAGGGCAAGGAUGGUCCUCAGCGUCCCAUGUUUGGAAUCGAGGUUUUCAGCCGUAUAGAGGACAAAAUUAUGGCCGCCCUUCUUCCGUUCCUGAAACAAUCAGCCGACCGUCUCGUUCUCAUUCACCUAUAAUUCGGCAACCUAUGGACACGAUAGAGAGGCAUGGACAGUCUCCUGCUUUCAAUAUGACUCCCGUGACAGGAACUGCAGUCCCUUCACACAUUAUAGGACAACAUCGUCAGACUUGGGGAAGAGAUGUCAACAGCGAACCGCUAUUGACAGCCUCGACCAAAAGAACAAUAUCUGAAUGCGAGGCUUUGCUUCGGCAGCAGCAGCGUCAGCGAGGUCGUGUAGCUAUUCCUCCGCAGUACCGGGGUCAAAAAUGGUAAAAAAUUGUGGCUCGAAGAAUCACAAAGUACUUAUUUCUCAGCUCGUAGUUUAAUUGUUUGUUUUUUGCUUAGAAAUAUCAAUGCUGGUAAGAAUCCAAUGUAACCCUUAAGGCUUUUUUGUUUUGCUGCAUUGCCCUCAAUCAACAUUGCUAUUUGCACGACUCUCUUCUAAAAAAACCCCUUAUUCAGUUCAUCAGAAAGCAACUCUCAUUUUCAAGUGUUCUUAAAGCCCGUCACACAACCAUGUUUUCUUGUGCAUUUGCUGUCACGCAUGAUUGCAGUAUGGCUCCUUUUUUGUUGCUGGCCAACAUUCAGGGAUAGCCGUUUAAAUUUGAAAUCUUCGAAACAAACAGUUCUGCAAAGCAUACACAAAUAUUUAUGAUUUCAAUCCAAUCCCUCUCUUCUUUAAUGUUUCUAAAUGAUUGGAAACGUUGUUUCACAAUCGCCCUAGAAUUGUUAGCUACUUUGAAUGUGCGAGCGUCUCAUCAUUACACUGUUGUCACGAUUCUUAUUUGAACGAGGCAUGGUCCUAGUAACCAACCAAUGUUGCAAACAUUGUUUGAUUUUGUAAGCAAGCAAAAUACGAUGGCUUAAUUUCUUUGGUAGUGAGGAAUAUUUGAAGGCAGUUUGUUGAAGUAUUUGCAGGGACACUAUCAUCAGGAUUCAUAGUUUUAAAAAUCAGAUUUUCAUAAAUGCAUACCUUUGUUUGUUUUAGUAGAAGGUUGUCAUACGAGAGAAUUCUGAGUGAUGUGGGGGAUGCUAUUAAUGCGACCGUUUUGUUACAUCCAAUGGUUUAAACAUCAAAAUGAAAGUCGCUGUAGAAUUAUGUUUAAUAAUCAAUUCAGGUAACAGGGAAACUUAAGAAGACUGCAAUUGUUAAGUGGUCUUCAUGGGGCAUUAUCAAUCGUCUAUUAUGAAGAGAAGGAGAAUAUAUACGUGGUUUUGUAAUCUAAACCAGGCUAAAUUCCAGAAACCGUGAACUUCUAUGAUUCAAGAUUAGUCUCCUGUGAUGACGUAGGUUUGUCCCCAGACUCCUCAAACUUUGACACUCCUGUAUUUAGACAGAAUUAACAGGCGUUGUUAAUAGUCUGUAAAAUUAACCAGUAUUUAAUCUGCAUGCUUAAUUCUGAAGCUUGCUCUGUCCGCGACUUUGUAUUUGGUUGAUUUGCUUCGAGUUGUUUAUAUUUUGUUAUUAGCGGAAAUAUUGAAGUACUUGUUUUGGUAAAAACACAACGCCUAGAUUAAUUAGGAUAUCCAUAGGCGUAAUAUGUUCUUAAGGAAUUAUAGCAGAAACGUGAAUCUUGUAAUUUUAGUCUUCUAGUAGAUUGUAAUGCAGAGAAAGUAGUUUUUCAUGGUUCAAGCAUGUUUUGUUACAUAAAUGUUUGCAAAAAUAAUUCUCGUGCAUUUAUCGUAAAAUUUGACGUAAGACAGAAUGCUGCUAAAUGCAACCAUGACCUUCUUUGAAUGAUAAGACUUUUGCGAGGAAAUACGAGAAGAUAAUGUUGUCUUUCGAUAUUAAACAUGCAUAGGAAAGUCGCCAUCAACCGUCUAGGGUAGAGAAAAACUCAGUGAAGCUUGUAUUUAACACAAAUGUAGGGGUGUCCAAAGGGCUGGUACCCGGAGCGAGGGCCUGCACUUCUACAUAGCAAAAAAAAUUUCAAGCUAUACUCGUUUUUCUUGGUAACACUCCUUCCAUUACAAUGUUCUAUGACAACAAAACUCCUCACCUGUCAAUUUCCCCUUAAAAAUUCAGUGUCAAUACCCCAUCAGCUUUAAAUCGUUGCGAUGUCAAAGCACUAACCCGUUGUAAGUCAAGAUUCUUUAAUAGAUAAGAUGUUCUUUAUUAAUUGAUCACAAGCAACUUUGCCAGAACGAACAGAUAUCAUUCUUAAUUCAUGAGGUGACCUUCGUCUUUCUCUCAGCUUUAUUAACAGGAUUUUCUCCUCUUUAAAUAGAACUACGACAUUUCUAUGUAGCUUACUUGCUUUGGUAACCCUUUUAUUCCACUAAGUUUUACAAAAGUUAAGACUGAAUGGAUCCUUUGCCCAUCAUGACGAAAAUGCCAGAAUAAUUUACAUUUAGAAGUGGUGCUGUUUAUGAUUAUUUUGUCUCACGGUAGCCGUGCAAGGUAUUCCCCAUUUAGAACCAAUUCUUUUGUGGCAAUCUCCAAGAAGUUCUUGUUUAUGUGAUGGACACAAAAGCUUACAAUUGUAUAUUGUUCCUACAGUUGAGAAUAAAAGCUUUGAUUGCUUCAUUUCCUCCCCCAUACUUCAUUGAACUGCUCAAGUCAUUGAUGCAUCCUUGUUUGUUUUCAAAAUUAUUCGUGUGAUAAAACAGAAAAUGCCCAUCGUUUUGAUGGAAUCGUAGUUAAAAUUUGUAUUGUAUCUAAUAUUUCAAUGAGUGUUUUAUAUCUGUCCAUGAUCUUCUUAAGUAUAUGGAAGGUACACAGAAACUCGUAUCUCAAAAUAUAAUAGUUUUAUGUUAUCAAAGCAGACCGACGUGCUGGCCAGAAGAACUGUUUGAGAGAUUUGUUAAAGGUAGUGUGUCCAGCUAAAGCAAGCGAAUCUGCGGGGUUUUUUUAGAAACAUGUGAUUUUUCAUGCCAUCGCCCCAGUCAUUACGGUCGUUUUGUUAAUAUAUCCUCCUGCGAGGUCAGCUUUUCAUGUAAGCAGUUUUGCAUCGCAACAAUACUGACCAAUCGCAAGCCGUUAUUUUGAUGGGUGGCUUGACAAGUUGGGUAUACGCAGUCCUUUUAUAUGGACACAUUACCUUUAACGUUAAGACAUGAAUCACAAACCCGCAGGACAUAUCCUUUCAU